AUGCACCACUCAGUAAUUAAGCCCAACAGCUGGGUAGCACUCAAGCUACCCUCGGGUGUUACCAGAGUUAUUCAGGUCACUCCCAAUACAUCCAUCUCUCUUGGAAAAUACGGCACCUUCCCCGCCAACCUGAUCCUCGAGCGCCCAUACUACCUUACCUUCGAGGUCCAAGACAAGCUUCCCGAAGACAGCUUUUCCCGUCUCCGAGUCGUCCCCCCUUCCGAACUUUACGCCGAUGUCUUCGCCGAGGAAGACGCCGAAUGCGCCAACCCCGCCGCCGGUCCCGGUUCCAACAAUGAUGCCGUUAUUGCUACCGCCGCGGGCGAAGAGUUCAGCUUAGUCGAUGCCGAGAGCGGCAACGUCAUUGCGCGGUCCACACAAGAAGUCAUCGACGAGAACGCCCGUCAGAAGCUGACACAAGCGGAAAUCGAGGAGUUGAAGCGCGACGGAACCAACGCCGGCAAGGACGUCAUCGCCAAGCUUCUCUUGUCGCAUGCUGCUCUCGACCAAAAGACGAGUUUCAGUUUGUCCAAGUACAAGCUGUUGAAGACGAAGAAGUACAUCAGGAGGUUCCAGGUUCUGCCCAUCGACGUUCCCACCUUUUCGAACUGGCAGCUGGAAGAGAGAGAUGCUAGCAAGAUUCUGGACAUCCGGGCCGAGAUGAUGGGUUUGGUCGGCUGCUGGGGUAAUGUUCACUACGGCGGUGAGGAUGUCUUCCUGGAGGAUCCUAAGGCGACGACAGAACAAGGAGAGGAGGCUCUGGCGCCUCUGCAGGAGGACUUGCUGGCUGGAAGGUGGCUCGUUGUCGACGACACCGGUGGUCUGCUAGUAGCCGCCAUGGCCGAGCGUAUGGGCGUUCUAUACAAGGAAGAUGAUGAUGAGACUGAGGAAGCUGCAGAAGAGGAGGACGAGGAGACCACAGAGAAGGCCGAUGAGGAGACGGAACAAAAAUUGGAAUCCGAGACGACCAGCCAGAAAGACACUGAAAUGGCGGACGAACCAACAUCAGAGACAACAACCCUCGCACGACACCCCAAGCGCCCCCGCGACAACAAGCCGCGCGACUCCGACUUCGCCGUUCCCUUUUCGCAAACCAACACCAUCACUGUCCUCCACGGCGCCAGCCAACCGAACCUUUCGUUCCUCAACUACUGGAACUUCGACGUCACCGCUCCACAACACCCGCCGCACCCGCUCCUCAACCACCUUCUCACACUCAGCUGGCUCCAGCUCCUCAAGCCCGAACUCGACACCUCGUACUCGACCCCUCCCCUGACCGCCGACCCCGAGACCCUCAGCACAUGGAAGCCCAGCCGUCGCGGCAACUUUCACCGUAAGCGCAGGCGCUACGCACGCGUGCGCCACAUGGUCGACAGCACGCGCGCCGGCAACUUCUCUGGCCUCGUCUGCGCCAGCACCAUGGACCCGAUCUCGAUCCUCAAGCACGCGCUUCCCCUCUUGGCUGGCGGCGCUCCGGUGGCCAUCUACUCGCCCUCGCUCGAGCCUCUUGCGAUACUAGCCGACUGCUUCAGCGUCGCCAGGAGGACGGCGUGGAACAGCGGGCACGUGGCGGAGAUCCAGGGCAAGACGGCCGAGGAGCUCGAGAAGUGGGAGGGAAGCGAGCAGUUCCCGCUCAACCCGACGUUGCUGCUGGGCACCAGCAUCCAGACUAGUAGGGCCAGGAGGUGGCAGGUUUUGCCCGGCAGGACGCAUCCGUUGAUGACGGAGCGCGGUGGCGCGGAUGGCUUCAUCUUUACGGGAUGGAGGGCUAAGCCUGCCGAGGGCAAGAUUGCCGCCAAGGGCAAGUUUAAGAGAAGAAAGGUGGAGGAGACCGUUUCGACGCCGGCUUCCGCAUGA